AUGCAGGAUAAGAUGGAGCGCGUCAGAGUUACCAAUGAAUCGGCUCCAACGUUGUCCGGAUUAUCGCAGGAACUACAAAACCAACAGAUCGAAAUAGCGGCUUCAAACGUACGCUCAAGUUUGGCCGAAAUCGAAACGCAAGCCUCUAUGUUGCUGAACCGGUGGGAAAAUGUACGAAGCAGGUCCAUUCAAAAGCGCCGCUCGCUUGAUUCAAUGCCGGACGAACUAACAGUUCCCGUAGGCACUGAUUUGUCAAAGAAAACUCCUGCAGAAGUUCUGGCUAGGUUGGAGUGGCUUCUUGCUGGUUUCACGUCCAUGAACGACUUCAACGAUCAGGAACACAUCGUGCCAGCACUCGACGAAGUUUCCCAUCUCGCGGUGCUACAGCACGCUACUGCCGCUUAUUUGAACUCGUUCGAGCGCCCGCAAGGGCUAACAAGGAUCGCACAACAGCUAGCCUCCGAAACAUUGACGUGGCUCGUUUCAUUGUUUAAGUUUGACACCAGUCAAGCCGGCUACUUUCGGGACGAUGCUGAAUGUUUAUUUCAUGCACUGCGGAUGGCUCUCGUCAAUCAACGGAACGAAAACCGCCUUCAACGGGAUGUGGUCAUUUACCUGUCCGAGAUGGGAUAUCUUUUCACAGUUCAGAAUGUGUGUCGUUAUCUGGGCCUGCCCCUUGCUUGCAUUCAAAUCGUGCCGUGUGUCUCACGAGCCCCUAACACCAUCGAGGACGAAACCCUCGAAGAGACAGCCCCACCUGGCCAGAUGGACAUUAGCGCGCUGGAGAAGCAAUUGAAAACUGAUGAGGCGGCAGGACGGCAACCACUUUUUAUUAUGGCCACGGCCGGUUCACCUAUAACAGGCUGCUCUGAUGACUUAGUUGCGCUGGGUGCGCUGUGUUCCUCGCACAAUGUUUGGCUCCAUUGUCAGGGACUUGGGCUUGCGGCACUUGUUCUAUCUAACCGAUUCACCCCAAAUAAUACUUGGCCCACGUCAUUGACCCUAAAUCUCAACACAUGGCUUGGGGUAUCUGGUUUACCAGCGGUUCUCCUUUGCCAGCAAACGAGCAGCCGAGAGAUGACACUGUUCGACAACGAGUCGAUUACAGCGAAUCGUUUGAAUUGCCUUAGUGUGUGGUCUGCGUUGCAAACACUGGGCACCGAAGCAAUCGCCUCACGUAUCUUUGCAGCGUUCGAUUCGUGCCGAGCAUUCUACCAAAUGCUUCUACCAAUCGACGGCAUUAUUGUGCUAAGCAAAAAGCUGGUAGAGGAUUCUAGUGAGAAAUACCGAAAUUUGUUUAGCAACGCGUCCAACUUAUAUACCCUGUUGCAAUUGGCUGUGCCUACAGUAAUAUUUCAAUUCGACGGUUGCGACACGUUGCUUGUGGAUCACGAUAGAGAAACCACCUUAUCGUCAUCGGAUGGUCCGAAGUUUUGUAAGAAGACGGCAGAAAAUGCCGAAUAUUAUGAUCGGCUUAACAGUUGGCUGGGUCAGAUUCUACUGCGCGAUUGCAGUCAGCUCGCCCUAGAGAUCAUCGAUCACGAGCAGCACGGCAUCUGCAUUCGAUACCACCCUUUUAUACCUGGGUAUGGAGACCAGCUUCUGCUCGCUACUACGCCGCUAGCGUUUGUUGAUGUCGGAAACUUCAUUCGCGCACAAAGCGAAAUCCUGCAUGCCACUAUCCGGCAUCGCAUGCGUUUUAAUUACAUGGUGGAAGAAAGUAGCGUGCUACGACUAGUCGAGCUGAAUGAUUGGGCCGGACUCGGUGGCGUUCACUACAUACCCGAAGGCUGGGAAACAUUGCUUAACGAUCAGACAAAGGCGGAGCUUAACAAACUCAAUUCGGCGCUGGUGGACGAACUUCAAUCCACUGAUGGUGCGUUUUCGCUUGGCGAAAGUAGCGAUGGAUUAAUUUGUGUCCGAUUCGGUAUGGUCACCAUCGACACAGACAUCGAGGAGCUACUAGAGCUGGUGAUUAGUACCGCCCGAUCGAUACAAGAGCAUUCGAAGAUACUCGACACGAUGUCGAAAAUCCUGAAGAAGGGUAUCGAGGCGGCAACGAUUGAUUUGCAACGCGAGGCCGAGGAAAAGCUAUGGCAGGAAGGAAUUCUGCGUCAAAUGCCACUGGUCGGACGCGUUGUUAACUGGUGGUCACCUGUUGCGAAAGAAUCCGGCAUGAAGGGUCGCAGCCUUAACCUCACACAGGGUGUGGUUGAAAGUACUGAAAAUAUUUAUAAAUAUCACAUGCAGAUGACACCUAAAACAUCUAAUCAACUGCCUAGCAAUAAGGGUCCGCCGGCGCCGCUAGUACAGAAACCAAUUCACACCAUCGUCGACGAAAUUCGUCCGCUUCGUUCGCGUAACCCUAGCUCGAGUAGUGAGCUAUCUGGCAGCGGUACAGCUGUGGUUCGCACCAUCUUUCCAGCUUUUUCUAAAUCUUCUGUGACUGCUGGCGGUAACGAAUUGCCAAUGGAAUCACUAUCAACAGACGCAGCUACCAUACAAUAAGGAAGGUCCAAAUGGUUCACUGAGUCAGCCAUCGGCAAUAGAAGAGUGUUUACCAAAGGCUCAAAUGUUUUUUUUUUUACAUUUUCAUUGGACUUAUUUUGAUUCAGAAGAUUAUCCGUUAGAGAGGCCGUAAUUUACGACUAUAAUCGGUUUGGGCCGAAAACUAACUUCACUAGGAAACGAACUAAGUACCAAAUACUUUCACACACCAUUAGCUCUUGAGAGGUAUUAUACAGUUUUCGAAAUAUCCGUAUAUAAUUAGUUAAAUGAAACCCAGCGGUAGAAACAGUGGAAUGUUCGGAGACGACAAAUGCAUUCCGCGUUCUUUUUUUUAAUUGACACUCCGGACGCUCUAAAAGGUUAGCUGAUCGGUGCCCAAAAGACGAAAUUAUAGCAACAGUGCUUUGCUUUACCUCACCAAACAAAGCGGCGGUAUUCAGGACAUCACUUUGCCUAAACAAACUGUGGCUGAGCGAAGUAUACAAAAUUCCAUUUUUUCUAAAUUUGUUUUUUAAGAUAAAUAUAACCUACGAUAAUGCAGUUCAAACUCAGCCGCUCAAACCAACAAAUCGCACCAGGGUGGUUGCAAUUUCUAUUUUUUGUUCUAUAUAAACAAGACCAAUCAAACAACAUAUACCUAAAAAACAGUGGUUUGGUGAAGAUAACUUCAAAUAAUUCGGUUUCGUGUUGUCUAUGGAAGUGGCAAAAUGUUAACGCUUCUUCAACACAUGUAUGUGUUCUUCACACUUCUUCACUUUGUAUGUGUAAAUAGGCAAAUAAAUAAUCCUUUGGCUGUAUACGCAAAGAUCAUAGGUUUAAUGCGGAUAGCUUCCGUGGAACCGAUCUAUAAAAAUCGUACACGUCCCAAAAUUCCUAACCGACAAACCCUUUCAUGUUUUGAUGCCGUGUGAUCCUUGGCCCAUUAGUGCCUAUUAGACAAUAGUAGCUCUUUCUGUUGUGAGAUAAGUAUUCGUCAAUGGAACAAAUAUCGAGCGUUAAACUGUGUUUGCUGAGGAUUUAUUGAUUUCCGGUUUCUUUCGGCGUUUUUCUUACAUUUCAUUCCCCCAUAUCGCCUUUCGAGUUCACUACAAUUUCAUUAUU